UUUGUUGUCCUUAGAUACAACCUGGGAUAUCGUGGACCUGGAAGUCGUCUGACACGAUUUUAAUAAAUUUGUCAAAAUAUCAUCCCAAGCGAAAUACGUCCGCUGUCGCAGCGGCAAGAUGACGACCGAAGAUGCAAAGACAUACCUCUCCAAGAGGGAAAUUCCACGUUUGUUCGAGAGUUUGAUGACGGGGCUGAUGUUCCAUCGGCCGACGGACCACAUCCAGUAUCUUCUUGACUGUCUCGAGAAGGUCAAGAACAAUGGACAGGUCACAUGGAACAUGUUUGUGGAGUACAAGCGCUCCAAAACACCACUUCCACCCAUCACACCUGAGAACGGCAAACGUCCCGGAUCUCGAGGGAGGAGGUCAACCACACCAAAAAAAGAGAUAGCACCCCUGGAUGAGAAGCGAGCAUCCCCACUACCCCCUAUUGGAUCUGUUGCUGUGGAGAAGGUGAAAGCUGAGGGUAUCCCUGAUGUGCCCAUCGUCCUGGUCAUGGGUGGCCCAGGUAGUGGGAGAAGCAAGCAGGUGCAGACGUUGCUGACACGGGCGGAGGGCUGGGUUCACAUCGACAUGGGUGACCUCAUCAGACAGGAGCUGAAGAACCGCAGCACUGCAGAGGAAAGGUGGAGGAUGGCCGCAGAGCUUGUGUCUGAUGGAGAGUUCAUAUCAGAUGACUUGUGUCUUGAGCUGUUCCUGCAGGCUGUCAAGGAGAACAAAAGCGCCAAGGGCUUUCUCAUCAGCGGUUACCCUCGAAAUGAGAAGCAAGUAGAUGACUUUGAGACAACUGUGGGUCGUGUUGACCUAGUGAUGCUGAUCGACAGUGAGGAAACCUUCCUGUCUAAACGUCUCCUUCAGGACAGUGCCACAAACAACCGCAGCGACAACAACAUCCACGCCGUCCAGAAGCGACUCCUGCUGUUCAAGGAACAAACUCUGCCAGCCAUCAAACACUUCGACGACCAGGAGAAAGUCAUCAUUUUUGAGGGUGACCAGGAAUCAUGGGCCCUGGGGAAGGAGAUGGUGGCUGCAUUUGACACUAAGAUCCUUGGGAAGGAGGAGACCCCAGCGUAUUCAAUAGUGUCCAAACCUCAGUCCCGUGAGGCAACCCCUCCUGCCAGGGUUGCUCCAUCUGCUCCACUCUCAUCAGCCCCUAACGAAGCCGUGGAGAAAGUCAAGGUGGCAGGGAUCCCAGAUGUGCCCAUUGUCCUUGUCAUGGGUGGGCCAGGGUGUGGCAAACUGACCCAGAUUGAGAAGCUGCUUACACACGUGGAAGGCUGGAUCCACAUCUCUAUGGGCGACCUCAUCAGACAGGAAGUGUCUGAAAAAGGCACUGGGGAGGAGAAGUGGAAGAUGGUCGGUGACCUCAUGUCUCGAGGCGAGAUGGUCUCGGAGGAAGAUACCUGUGACCUGUUUGUCAGAACACUUCAGAAGAACACAGCAGCCAAGGGCUACAUCAUCGAAGGCUACCCCCGGGACAUAAAACAGGUUGAAGAUUAUGAGAACACUGUGGGUCGCGUUGACCUUGUGAUGGUCAUUGACUGUGAGGAGUCCUUCCUUUCAAAACGCAUGUUGAAGCGUGGUGCCACCGAAAGUCGCCUUGACUAUAACAUUGAGGCAGUACAGAAGGGAUCCUGCACUUCAAGCAACAAACACUGCCGGCCAUAAAACAUUUUGACGACCAGGGGAAAGUCAAGAUCUUUGAGGGAGACCAAGAGUCUGAAUCUUUAGGCCAGGAGAUGGGAGCAGUGUUUGACUCCAUCAUUCUCGGAAAGGAGGGUGUUCGAAUGCCGACCCCUCCCUCAAAACCAAAACCAGAACGUCAGAGAAGUGCGAAGGUA